CCUCCGCCCACCUUCAACCUCAGCCAUGAUACCCCCCGUCGCCAGCGACCCCGACCCAACCACCCAAAUCCCAUGGCCGUCAGGAAGAAACCGUGCCCAAGAUGCCGACCAGGGUGACGCCUUCCCCGACCAGGCUAGCAAUGGCGUCACUACCGUGAAUAGAGACGGCCCUUCCUCUAGAUCCAAGAAGACGACAGGAAAGCGUCAGUUAUCGACAUGGGACAUGAUAACGUUGAGCAUAUCAAUGGCAGGCGCACAGAUUGCCUGGACAGUAGAGUUGGGCUAUGGCACUCCUUUCUUGCUAGGCCUGGGACUUCCCGAGCAUCUGACCGCCCUUGUCUGGCUAGCUGGACCCAUCAGUGGUCUGGUCGCCCAACCAGUAAUUGGUGCCCUGUCCGAUUCGUCGACCUCCAAGUACCGACGUCGCUUCUGGAUCGUACUGUCAACCGUCGCACUCGUACUAUCAACAUUGGUACUUGCAUAUUGCGAGCCUCUGGCCGCCGUUGUAGUAGACCUGCUGGCUGUAGGCCAGGGCGAUUGGGACGACAGGCGCAAUAAGAUCGUCACCAACACUGCGAUCGGCUUUGCAGUCGUCUCGUUCUAUAUCCUCGACUUUGCCCUGAAUGGCUUACAGGCUUCCCUCCGUAAUCUCCUCCUCGAUGUUACUCCACCCAACCAACUCAACGAAGGAAACGCCUGGCACAGUAGAAUGACUAAUGCCGGAAACAUCGUUGGAUUUGGAUUUGGCUUUAUGCCAUUGGCUGAACUUCCGAUCAUCAGGCUCCUUGGUGGGAGUCAGUUCAGGAAGUUCUGUAUCAUAUGCAUCGUGAUUCUGGUUAUCACUGUUUGGAUGACAUGUUGGUUCCAUGAAGAGGAGGAGAGGCCUGCCCACCAACAGCGCAGACGAAGGGGAUUCGGCGAAGUCCUGGACAAUAUCUACAAGAGCAUGAUCAACCUCCCUAGACCUAUUAGACGAGUGUGUUAUGUUCAACUCUUUGCCUUCAUGGGAUGGUUCCCCUUCCUCUUCUAUUCAACAACUUACGUCGGACAAGUCAUGGCCCAUGAAAUUGGAAAGGAGCCGGACCACGAGUAUGCGACCAGAUUGGGAGAGCGUGCCAUGUUAAUCUAUAGUAUUGUCGGUGUCAUCGCGGGUAUGAUCCUUCCCCAUGUCGCCACUCGCGAUCGUCGCCUUCUCGCAUCCAAGACUUUCGAAUCCCCGGAUGAAGAACUGAACACACUCCGCAAGAUGGUUCGUCAGUGGCGCGUUGAAGCUGCUCGCCAAGGGAAACCGCUUCGACUCCCAGUCAUGCCCUUCUUGUUGAGGAACAUUUGGAGCGCGGCUAUGAUUUUCUUUGCUCUUUUGAUGUUCUCCACCAUCUUUGUCAAGACAGUGUUCGAGCUCUUGAAAGAGACCCCACCUCCACCUCCGCCACAGUCGAGGCGCCCGUCGCACGUGCGCAACCUUUCGACCCCAGCUCGACGUCCUAGCGUCAUCAACCCUACUUCUGAACGCCAGCCAUUACUGCGACGUCGUUCGUAUGAUGAAUUCGAUAGCGCUCUGGACGCAGAUUCGGAGAGCGGUCCCCUUCCCGGAGGAACCGUUUUGGGCAUUCAUAACCUUGCCAUCGUCAUGCCCCAGUUCCUUGUUGCACUUGCUACCAACGUCAUCUUCCGCCUCGCCGAUGGGCAGAUGCCUGUAGAGGGAGAGAGGGGUACUUACUAUGGUAAGAAUGGCGUGGCAUGGGUCUUGCGGUUCGGAGGGUUCUGUACUUUGCUUGGCGCUGUUGUCGCUCGCAUGGUGCCACCCACGACGACAGAGAGGGAGAUGCGACGCAGAUUGGGUGAAAUGAAGUUGCUUGGGGAGGAGACGUCUAACCCUUGA